AUGGGCCGCCGACAAAGAAAACCUCUCGCCGGAAUCCUCAAAGACAAAGCCUCACUUCUCAAAGCAAUCCUUUCAUUCCGACGCGCCACAUCUUCCGUGCACACCACAGUCAUUAAAGCCACCGCCCACGGCCAAUCUCCGGCGCCGGACCACUAUAUCUCCGCCGUCUUAACAAUCGGAGAAGAAUCCCGUCAAUCAGCCCGAGCCUGUAUAUCAGCAAUAAUGGACCGUCUCCAUUCCACGCGCGACGCGCGUGUGGCUCUCAAAUGUUUAACCCUCCUCCAUUACAUCUUCUCAAAAGGUUCCUCAAUCUUAAAAGAACAACUCUCUGUUUACCCUUCAGCUGGGGGUAGAAAUUUCCUUAAUUUAUCGAAGUUUCGCGAUGGUAGGGAUGCGGAAUCGUGGAAUUUGUCUUCUUGGGUUAGAUGGUAUGCUGGUUUUCUUGAAACUAAUUUAUCUGUUUCUAGAUUAUUUGAAAAGGAUUUAGUUGAAAUUGAAGAAUUUGUUAAGUUGGUUGAAGAAAUUUGUAAUUGCCCAGAUGAUGUUUUUAUUAAUGGAAGGAAUUUAGUAAACGAGAUAAUGAAUUUGGUUGUUGAGGAUUAUGGGUUUACUCAACGACAAAUUCUGGUGAGAAUUUGUAAGUGUAGAGAGAGAAUUGAUGAAAUGGAUUCCGGCGAGGCUAGAGAGAUAUUUGGGUAUUUGAAGAGAAUGGAAGAAUGUAAAGAGAAAUUGAUUAAGAUGUUUGUAAAUAGGAAGAGAAAUGAUGAGUUUUGGGAGAAGGUGAAGGAAUUGAAAAUGGAGGUGGAGAAGAUGAUGGCGGCGCCGGCGGAUGUGAAGAGAAUUCUAGCGCCGCCGUAUGCAUUGGUGGCGCUGCCGUACCGGAAUGAGUGGCGGAGUGGCGUGGCUGUUAACUGA